AUGCCUCCUAUUGGAGAACAUACACUUGCUGCAGAGCAGUCUGUGUUCCAUGGAGAUGACGCAUGGGUACGUAGACAUAUAGAGGAUAGAGAUGCUGAGAAUGCACGAAAGAACAGUCCUGAAGGUAGCUGUAAUUCCGUGGAGACGGUGCACUUUAAUCGUGCUGAGUUUAUCACGCAGAUCCAGGAGUUUCUGGAUGCCAAUGUGAGUGAUGGCUUUGUAAUUGGUCUCAAGCAUCGUAGAGAGUUUGCACUGCACUUGUGUGAGGACUACAAAAUGUUCACGGAGGCGCAGAAAUUGGAACUGGUGUUGGCACUGGCAGUGGAUCUAGGAGUGCGAGAUCUAGCAGUGAUGAUGAAGACUCUACCAUCAAUCAAGCGCUCUGGUUUAGUACUGAACGUGACGGCUGCGGCGCUUGGCUUUAGUCGCAAGAACGAUCCAAACAUCUCGAAGAGCAUCAAGCGCGGGCUUGUGCCACUUGCAGAACAGUUUUUCCUAUUGUUCGGCACUAUUCAUCCUGGACCAUUAUUUCUGCUCAAUCUUCGAGUGGAUUUGGGCGUAUUGAUCAAACGACAUCGGGAGAAACUACCCAAGGCCAGUAUCGAGGCGCUGGAACUAUUGGAUUUGAUUAUGCGCGACCUGUUUGCGACACAAGGUAGCAUGCGUUUCCGUCGUAUUGACUUGUCAUCUGAGGAUUUAGCUGCAUUUGUGCUGAAAAAUGAACGCGUGCACCAAAUCCGAAGCUGGGACGAUCUGCAUCGUAGACUUGUCGGACAGCAACGCUACUGCUUUGGACUUUUUCACAUGCACAUGCCGCACGCUCCGCUGGUUUUCGUGCAGGUAGCUGUGACGGACCACUUGUGCGACAACAUUACUCCUAUUCUAGAGCAAGAGACUCCCGUGGUAAAGAAUCCGUCGCACAUAAUUUUCUACUCUGUUUCAACGUCUAACACUGGACUUCGGGGACUAAACAUUGCGAGCCACUUGUUGUUCCUAACGAUCCAGCGUAUGAGCAGCAUGUUUUUGCGAUGCACUAUGGCAGCAACGUUGUCCCCUGUACCAGGUUUUGCUCGAUGGUUUAAGGCAGCGCUCGCUCGUGGUGAUCAACAGUUCCAGACUUCUUCGGACGUCAAGGUUGGUCUGAAUACAGCGCAGUACAAGGGCCCGAAACUACAGCGCUUGGAACCUCUUCUUCGAAGUUUCUUCACGACGGAGCAGGCGCAACGUCUUACCAUGAAAUAUGGUGCGAACCAGCUUGGGCUGCACAAAUGGCUGCUGAAAAAGAUAAGCAAUCCAGAGUGGCACAAGGAAGCCGAGCUACUGGAGAAUAUUCGCGACAUUGUGACAUCAGCAUGUGCUCGUUAUAUCCUCUUUGAACGAAAGAAGGACAAGAUCUUGGAUCCCGUGGCAAACUUUCACCUUCAAAACGGUGCCCAGGUGGAGCAAAUCAACUUUAUGGCAGACACGACCCCAUCAGCAUUAACAACGGCGCUAGGGAUGAUGAUUAAUUAUCGCUACUGUAUGACGUCGAUUGACGUAACUUCGGUAUCGUACAAGCGUGAAUCUCUUGCUGCCGUAUCCCCUGCUGUAGCUCGGCUUGUUUGGCCGACGGACAGUGUCAUUUUGAACGAAAUGGAGCGUCUACAGACCGUCCGUAACACGCCAUUAUUUGCCAAGGUAUUUCGUGCUGGUCAAAUGAUUAGUGCACGUGGCUCGUUACCUACAGCCAUCUAUUUCAUUGCAUCUGGAAGAGUACGUGUACAUUCUGCGCAUCCAUAUACACUCUACAAAGGUCAAACCUUUGGUGAACGUGAAUCAUUGAACGAGGAACCUGUUGCCUUUACUGUCCGUGCAGAGACAGUAACGCAUUUGCUUUUGUUACCGUACAAUGACGUAAAAGCAAUUCAACUUGAGUCAAGUGUCUUGCGUAAUUAUGUUGGUAAUGAUCCGCGUGUAUGGCAACAACAACUCUACAUGUCUUUUCAUAAAAGUAAACUCUAA